AUGCCGCGACCAACACGGUCUCGAGCCGCCGCGUCGCGCAGGGCAGACUCCUCGUCCGACGCUGCGGCGCCCCUGCCCCCCACCACCGAGGCGCCGAUCCGAUCCGACUCGACAGAUAACAUCUACGGCGUCAGCGAUCGCGAGCUCGAGCGCCAGAGGCAGAAGAACAACAGCAACAAGAAGGCCGCCACGCCCGCGUCGGAGCGGAGCACACGCAGCCGCACGAGCAUGGCCAACAGCGGCGCCAGAAACGCGAUGGCCACCGCCGCCGUGCAGGGCUCGAGGGGCCGCCGCGACGCCGCCAUGAAACAGCUCGACGCCCUCUCGUCCACGACCACCGACGCCCGCGACAGCUCCGACGUCGUCGGUAGCCCCGUCGUCGAGACGGGCCGCAACGCCGCGCCGAUGGAGGCGUCCUCGCUGCUUGGGGGCGGCGGCAGCAGCAUUAUCCCCGGACACCGCGCCGGCGACCUCUCCGGGCUGGAGAUCAACGACAGCGAGAUCUUUGGGCACCUUGACAGCAGCUUCGACAUCACGGGGGACGGUGGCAAGGGCGACGAGAGCAGCGGUACCGCGGGGCAGGGGCAGCAGUCGGGCACGCGCUCGGCUGACACGUCCACGUUCAAUGUUAGUGUGUUCAAGCGCCAGCCGCGCCGCCGCCAGUCUAGUAUCGUGGGGAGGGAUGACGCGCCCAUUCGUCCCAGCAGCAGGGGCCCGACGACGCCGGGCCUGAGCUCGACCUUCAACCUCGGCAACUUCAAGAGACGCGCGCGGCAGCCCAGUAUCUUGCUCUCGUCUGCGCAGAAGGCUUCAAUGUCGGUGCAGCGGUCAAGAGCUGCGUCUGAGGCUAGUGAGAAUGCCAUCGGCUCGGACGGCGAGGAGGAGUCCUUCCUCCCAGAGGCGGAAGGGACACCUGUGCGGCCGUCGCGGAGGAGGGCCAGUGUUGCACAGGACAUAAUUGAAUCUGUGGAGGGCGCAACGCGCUCGCGCAAGAGAAAGUCGACGGAAAGCCACGAGGUUGAGGCUGCCAAGCGACAAGCGGUCGAAGCGGACCACGAACCCUUGCACCAAUCCAUUGAGAUGGACGACCGGUCUUCGCCGCCCAGUAUCUUGUCGCAUACUCCAGAGCUGGACGACGACAGUGUCCUCGCCCCACCGGCCAGCAGCUCCUCGUCCGAGGCUGGGAGCCCGAUGGCAUGGCCCUCGCUGAACAACCUGGCCAAGAAACAACGCAACCGCGCGGCACCCCGGGGCACCAGGACGCCAGCACUUGACGACGAUAUGUCUGACAUAUCAGAGCCGCCCUCACUGACACACUCGCCAAAUCUAAAGCCAGCAAACUCGGCGCCCAAGGGAAAGGGCAAGACUGCCGUGCGCAGGGAGUCACCAAAGCUAUCCACCGCUGAUCUCGCCGCACUUCUUCCCCGCCGCCGGCGCAAGGUUCGCCGGGACGAUGAGGGUUCAGACAACGAGGGUGGGUCUGACCAAGACAUGUACGGCGUCCCGAGCGAGCCCCGGGCUUCGAGAAAGAGGACGGCCCGGCCCCUGAACGGACAGUCGUCCAAGGCAGAUCAGACGAACCACGCAAAGGCCACAGCCCCGGCAACAAAACGGUCAACGAGGCGGACGUACGGAUCACGCAGGUUCGACAAGGAGAACACCGUUGACGGGGACUCUGUCGAGGUGAACGAGGACGCGUCCACGCCCCUCGACGACACCAUCUUUGACGCGGACAGGACCGGGGCGGAGACCCAGGAGCUGGGCGAGGAGCUGCGGGCCGCGUCCAAGAAGUUCAAGGAGGUGGACAAGUGGGAGCUGGACUACGAGGAGGUUGUCGAGUCCUCAUCGCCCCUGCCCGAGGGCCGGUAG